AUGAUGUGUUAUAAGAGCAGUUGGUGGUGUUUAGCGGGUUUUGUGGUUCUGCUGGGGGUUUUGGUGAUGAACUCUUCAGGACAGAUGCCCGGGAGAAGCCUGCCGGUUCAGGUGGGGAGCAGAGUGAGGAGACGUGGUAAACAGGAGUCACUGCAGGGGCCAAAUGUGUGUGGAUCUCGUUUGCAUUCCUACUGCUGUCCAGGCUGGAAGACUUUGCCUGGGGGCAACCAGUGUAUAGUACCCAUAUGCCGUAACAGCUGCGGUGAUGGGUUCUGUUCCAGGCCAAACAUGUGCACAUGUCCAACAGGUCAAAUCGCUUCAUCCUGUGCCUCCAGAUCAUCCCAACAGUGUAGCAUCAAGUGUAUGAACGGAGGGGUGUGUGAGGGGAAUCACUGCCAGUGCCAAAAGGGUUUCACAGGGACCUUCUGCGGACAGCCUGUGUGUGAGAAGAAGUGUCAGAAUGGAGGGCGCUGCAUUGGGCCCAAUCGGUGCUCAUGUGUGUAUGGAUUUACUGGCCCACAGUGUGAAAGAGAUUACAGAACGGGUCCUUGUUUCUCCCAGCUCGUCAACAAGAUAUGCCAGGGCCAGGUUAGUGGCAUUGUAUGCACCAAGACUCUGUGCUGUGCCACUGUUGGCCAGGCCUGGGGUCAUUCAUGUGAAGAAUGUCCCACUCAACCACAGCCCUGUCGCAGAGGAUUCACCCCAAACAUCCGUACUGGAGCCUGCCAAGAUGUUGAUGAAUGCCUAGCUAUGCCAGGUCUAUGCCAAGGAGGAAACUGCAUCAAUACAGUGGGCUCAUAUGAAUGCAAGUGUCCUGCUGGCCAUCGCCUGAACAACGGAACCAAUAAAUGUGAAGAUGUGGACGAGUGCUCCACUGUUCCACAUGUGUGCGAAGGAGGACAGUGCAUCAACUCAGCUGGUAGUUUCUCGUGCGUCUGUCCAUCUGGAUUCAUGUUGUCGGCAGAUAAUACUCGUUGUCUUGGCCAGCACACAGGUUCCUGUUUUGCAGCGGUGUUGGGUGGGCGCUGUGCUCAGGAGCUGCCUGGACGUCUCACUAAAGCUCAGUGCUGUUGUGACAAAGGCCGCUGCUGGGCUCGAGGGACAGUGCCAGAGAUGUGCCCAACCCGCAGAUCUGAUGAAUUCCUCAGGAUGUGUUUUGAAGGAACGGCACUGGGAGAAUAUCCAGAUGUGGAUCCUGGCGUUGUUGGAGUAAGACUUCCUCAGCAGCCCAGUGGGCAUGAUUCCAGUCUCGAUGGACAAAUGCUGUAUCCAUUAAAUGGGAACGGUCACACACAUCCUCAGCUUCCCCAAAUCCCCCAUGUUCAUGUUAGUGAAAAUGGCAGGGGACAGAGACCACAAGGACCUGUGGUUAGUUUAAAUCAGACAGUCAACAAAUGCCUGCUGAAUCCCAACUUGUGUCUCAAUGGUCGCUGUAUCCCAGUGAGGUCUAGUCAUCGUUGUGAGUGCAACAGUGGCUACCAGUUGGACGGUCAAGCUGAAUGCUCAGACAUAAACGAAUGUGCUUCUGACCCGUGCAUAAAUGGAGACUGUGUUAACACGGCUGGCUCGUACUACUGCAAGUGUCAUACGGGUUACCACAGACCUGCAGGCAAGCAAACCUGCUAUGACACUGACGAAUGCUUGAAUAACGGAAUGCUGUGUCGGAAUGGCCGAUGUGUAAACACCGAGGGCAGCUUUCGGUGCAUCUGCAACACAGGCUUCCAGCUCACCCCUGAUGGAAGAAACUGCAAGGAUCAUGAUGAAUGUUCCAUUACAAACAUGUGUCUGAAUGGUAUGUGCAUUAAUGAAGACGGCAGCUUCAAAUGUGUCUGCAAACAUGGUUUCACACUCGCCUCUAACGGGCACUACUGCACAGAUAUCAAUGAGUGCCUGAUUCCAGGUAUCUGCAUAAAUGGGCGAUGCAUAAACACUGAGGGUUCAUACAAGUGUGAGUGCAUGGCAGGACUAGCCAUCGGGUCUGAUGGACGCACAUGCCUGGACACACACAUGCGCAGCACCUGCUAUGGAGCUAUUAAAAAGGGUGUUUGUGUGCGCCCUUUUCAGGGAGCAGUUACCAAAUCAGCAUGCUGCUGUGCCAGCCCAGAAUACAGUUUUGGUGAGCCUUGCCAGCCAUGUCCUGUCCUGAACUCAGAUGAAUUCAAUGCCCUGUGUCAAAGCGGGAUUGGAUAUUCAGUAGACGGAUCAGACAUAAAUGAGUGUGCACUGGAUCCUGAUAUCUGCUCCAACGGAGUGUGUGAGAAUCUAUGGGGACGCUACCGUUGUAUUUGCAACAUCGGUUAUGAAGCUGAUCUGAGUGGACAGACCUGUAUAGAUGUUAAUGAGUGUCUAAUAAAUCGACUCAUAUGUGAUAACGGUCUUUGUCGGAACAGUCCAGGUAGCUACACCUGUACAUGUCCAUCAGGAUUUAUAUUUAGACAGGAAUUGGAUUCAUGUGAAGACCUGAAUGAAUGUGAGAGCAGCCCAUGCAUCAACGGAGUGUGUGUAAACAAUGCUGGCUCUUUCUCCUGCGAAUGCUCUCCCGGCAGCAAACUGGAUCCAACUGGCCUAAUUUGCUAUGACUCUCUGAAGGCGACUUGCUGGAUGACCAUGCAGGACGGCCGCUGCGAGGUGAACAUUAACGGGGCCACCCUGAGGUCGGAAUGCUGCGCUACGCUGGGAGCUGCAUGGGGAAGUCCUUGUGAGCCCUGUGAGACUGAUCCUGUCUGUUUGAGAGGCUUAGCUCGACCAAGAGGGACUAUUUGUGAAGAUGUAAAUGAGUGUGAGCUGUUUCCUGGCGUGUGUCACAAUGGACGUUGCGUGAACACAAGAGGCUCAUUUAAGUGCCAGUGUCCUGCAGGCCUGACACUGGAUGCCAGCGGACUACGCUGCGUUGACAUUCGUUUAGAGCGCUGCUACCUGACCUACGACGAGGACAUGUGUGGCCUGCCAGUGCCCGGUAAGUUCAGGAUGGAUGCAUGCUGCUGCACGGUUGGCUCAGCCUGGGGGAAGGAGUGUGACGCAUGCCCAGAGCCUGGCACACGCGAGUAUGAAGCAGUGUGCCCCAGAGGACCUGGCAUUGUCAACCGUGGCGACGUGAUCACAGGCAGACCCGUGUAUAAAGACAUCAACGAAUGUAAAGUGUUUCCCAGCAUUUGUACUCACGGAACAUGCCGGAACACAAUCGGGAGUUUCAGAUGUCGCUGUAAUAGCGGGUUUGCUUUAGAUGCAGAAGAACGAAACUGCACAGACAUCGAGGAGUGCAAAAUCUCACCUGACCUGUGUGGACAUGGCACAUGUGUGAACACUCCAGGCAGUUUUGAAUGUGACUGCUUUCCAGGUUAUGAGAGUGGAUUUAUGAUGAUGAAGAUCUGUAUGGAUAUUGAUGAAUGUGAACGAAACCCUGGACUGUGUCGGGGAGGCUCGUGUAAGAAUACAGAAGGAAGUUUCCAGUGCGUUUGUCCACCUGGCCACCAUGUGUCUGAGGAGUCACAUGCCUGUGAAGAUGUGAACGAGUGUGAGCUAAGUGUCACUCUGUGCCCAAACGGCGAGUGUGUAAACGUGGCUGGCACUUAUCACUGCUCAUGUUUUUCUGGAUACCAGUCCACUCCUGACAGAAAAACAUGCGUAGACAUAGAUGAGUGCACCAUAGAGAAUGGAGGAUGUGACUUUCUCUGUACCAACUCAGAAGGCAGCUACGCCUGCAGCUGUGUACAUGGAUAUGUGCUGAUGCCAGAUCAGAGAACCUGUGCAGAUGUGGACGAAUGUGAAGAAGAGCCUGACAUAUGUGAUGGUGGUCAGUGUACCAACGCUCCUGGAGAGUACCACUGUCUUUGUUAUGACGGAUACAUGGCUUCCAUUGACACACACAUGUGUAUAGAUGUGAAUGAGUGUGACAUCAAUGCCAACAUCUGCAUGUUUGGGGAAUGUGAAAACACUAAGGGAUCUUUCAUCUGCCACUGUGAGGUUGGUUACUCUGUGAAGAAGGGUUCCUCGGGCUGCACAGAUGUUGAUGAGUGUAAGACUGAUGCCCACAAUUGUGACAUGCAUGCCACCUGUGCCAACACCCCCGGAAGCUUCCAUUGCUCCUGCAGAGAGGGAUGGGUUGGGAAUGGUGUGAAAUGCAUUGAUGUGGACGAAUGUACCGAUAGGACCCACAAGUGCAGCUCUAACGCAAAGUGUGUAAACACACCAGGAUCGUAUCGCUGUUCUUGUUCAGAGGGCUUUGAAGGAGAUGGCUUCACCUGUAAAGAUGUGGACGAGUGUACUACGAAUCCUGACCUGUGUGAAAAUGGCCAGUGUCUGAACAUUCCGGGAGACUUUCGUUGCGAGUGUGAGAUGGGCUUUACUUCAGCCCCCGACAACCGAGCCUGCCAAGAUAUUGACGAGUGUUCUCUUCAGCAUAUCUGUGUGUUUGGUACAUGUAAAAACCUCCCUGGCAUGUUCCGCUGCAUUUGUGACGAGGGUUAUGAGCUGGACAGAUCCGGGGGCAACUGCACAGAUGUUGACGAAUGCUUGGAUCCUAUAAACUGUGUGAACGGACACUGUGUGAACACACCAGGCUCUUAUGAAUGUAACUGCCCUCUAGAUUAUGAACUCAACCCUACUGGAGUUGGUUGCGUUGACCCUCGUGUUGGGACCUGUUACCUGGAGGCUGUGAAUCGGGGUAGGGUUGGAUUCGCCUGUAGUGUGGAGGUGGGCAUCGGGGUCAGUCGCUCAUCCUGCUGUUGCUCGCUGGGUCGAUCCUGGGGAAACCCCUGUGAACUUUGUCCCGCUGUCAACAGCUCUGACUACAACACACUGUGUCCAGGAGGAGAGGGAUUUAGACCCAAUCUCAUCACUGUUAUACUGGAGGACAUAGACGAGUGCCAGGAGCUUCCUGGUCUGUGUCAGGGUGGAAACUGCAUUAACACGUUUGGAAGCUUUCAGUGCGAGUGCCCGAGAGGUUACUACCUCAACGUGGAUACUCGAAUCUGUGAGGAUACUGAUGAGUGUUUGAUGAAUCCUGGGAUUUGUGGUCCUGGCACAUGCUAUAACACGCUGGGCAAUUACACAUGUAUCUGCCCUCAAGACUACAUGCAGGUCAAUGGAGGCAAUCGAUGCAUGGACAUGCGAAAAGGCCUUUGCUUUCGCAACUACAAUGGAACUAGCUGUGAGAACGAGUUGGCCUUCAACAUUUCACAUAGAAUCUGCUGCUGUGGCUACAACAUGGGCAAAGCCUGGAAUAAACCCUGCCAGAAAUGUCCCCUACCAGGAACAGAGGAGUUUCACACACUCUGUGGAAACAUUGCACCAGGGUAUAAGAUAGACAUUGAAACUGGACAACCAGUGGAUAUUGAUGAAUGUCGGGAGAUCCCAGGAAUCUGCGCCAGUGGUGUAUGUUUCAACCAGAUUGGAAGUUUUCAUUGUGAAUGUCCAAGGGGAUUCAGCUACAACGAUUUGCUACUAGUUUGUGAAGACAACGAUGAGUGUAGUGACUCAGAAAACUUGUGCCAGAGGAACGCAGACUGUAUUAACACUCCUGGCAGCUAUCGUUGUGAGUGCUCGGAUGGGUUCAAGCUCUCACCCGUUGGAGCCUGCAUAGACCGCAAGGAGUGUCUGGAAACCCCCAACCUCUGCAGCCAUGGCAAGUGUGUGGACAUCCACGGUGGUUAUAUGUGUACCUGCCAUACUGGCUUUACGGCCACCUCCAACAACAAGAUGUGCAUAGAUGUUGAUGAAUGUGUGCGUCAGCCCUGUAAAAAUGGCACAUGUAAGAACACUGUGGGAUCCUACAAUUGUUUCUGCCACACUGGCUUUGAGCUCACCCUAAAUAACCAAUGCACAGAUAUUGAUGAAUGUUCAGCAGCGUAUGGUCAGCUGUGUAGGAAUGGCCACUGCAUUAACAGUGUGGGCUCCUUCCAGUGUCUAUGUGAUGACGGUUAUGAGCCGAGUCUGGAUGGAAAGAACUGUGUUGAUGUAAACGAGUGUGUAAUCCUAUCCGGUAUCUGUGCUCCUGGAACAUGCCAGAACAUGGACGGCUCUUUCCGCUGUCACUGUCCGCCAGGUUACAUUGUGCAGAACAGUCAGUGUGUAGAUGAAAACGAGUGUGAGGAAGAUCCCAACAUCUGUCUGUUUGGCUCCUGCUACAACAAACCAGGCAGCUUUGAGUGCGUGUGCAAACCUGGCUUCGUGCUCUCUGGGAAUGGACGCCGCUGUUAUGACACACGAGAGAGCUUCUGCUUCAACCGCUUUGAGAAUGGCAAAUGCACCAACCCUCAGGCCUUCAACACUACCAAAGCCAAGUGCUGCUGUAGUGCAAUUCCCAAAGAGGGCUGGGGUUACCCCUGUGAGCUCUGCCCCAAAGAGAAUGAAGCUGGAUUUGCGGACCUGUGUCCUUUUGGUUUUGGGAUCGUUCCAGGCAUUGGGGACACAGUCAUAGACAUGAACGAGUGUGUGGAGAAUCCAGGCAUCUGUGAUAACGGCCACUGUGUCAACACUGAUGGCUCCUUCCGCUGUGAAUGCCCCACAGGCUACACACUUGAUUCUUCUGGUAUCCAUUGUAUAGAUGUCGACGAGUGUGCCACAGGGAAUCCAUGUGGAAACGGUACUUGCGUUAAUGUGAUUGGUGGUUUUGAGUGCAACUGCGAAGAAGGAUUCGAACCAGGUCCCAUAAUGACAUGUGAAGAUUUAAAUGAAUGUGGACAGAAUCCUUUGCUUUGUGCAUUUCGCUGCAUAAAUACGUUUGGAAGCUACGAAUGCUCCUGCCCAUCAGGCUACACUCUACGGGAGGAUGGCAGAAUGUGCCAGGACCUGGAUGAGUGUUUGGAGGGUUUACAUGACUGUGACACCAGGGGAAUGAACUGUAAAAACCUUGUCGGCACUUUUAUGUGUUUGUGCCCGCCUGGAACAAUGAGAAAAAUGGAUGAUGAAUUGUGUCAGGAUGAGAACGAGUGUCGUACUAAGCCUGAUAUUUGUGAGAACGGCCGCUGUGUGAACACCAUAGGCAGCUUCAUGUGUGAGUGUGAAGAGGGCUUCCAGCCAGACUCUUCUCUUACUCACUGUGUCGACUACAGGCAAGGAUUCUGUUUCACUGAGGUGCUACAGACCAUGUGUCAGAUGUCCUCCAGUAGCCGAAUUCCAAGCACCAAGUCCCAGUGCUGCUGUGACGGUGGCCGUGGCUGGGGUAACCAGUGCGAGCUCUGUCCUCUGCCUGGCACUGCCAAGUACAAGAAACUGUGUCCACACGGUCCCGGAUAUGACACCGAUGGCACAGAUAUAGAUGAGUGUAAGCUGAUCCCAGACGUGUGUAAGAAUGGCAGGUGUAUCAACACUAUGGGUACCUUCAGAUGCCACUGUGAUAUCGGUUAUAAAGCCAGCAUUAUGGGCACUUCUUGUGUUGACCUGGAUGAGUGUACUAUGUCUCCAAAGCCAUGCAAUUUCAUCUGUAAGAACACACACGGGAGCUACAUGUGCUCCUGUCCACGUGGUUAUACGCUGCAGGAGGACGGCCGGACAUGUAAAGAUUUGGACGAAUGCCAGUCGAGAAGACACAACUGCCAGUUCAUGUGUGUUAACACUAUUGGUGGCUUCACGUGCAAGUGUCCACCGGGCUUCACACAACACCACACUGCUUGUAUAGAUAAAGAUGAGUGUGGUUCAGAGCCAAAUCGGUGCGGAGCAAAGGGCAUGUGUCACAACUCACCCGGCACCUUCAGCUGUAAAUGCCAACAAGGAUUCAGCCUGGACUCUACUGGCCUGCAUUGUAAAGAUGUUGAUGAGUGUAAGAGUAAUCACAGAUGUCAGUACGGAUGUGAUAAUAUGAUAGGAGGAUACCGCUGCAGUUGCCCACAAGGCUAUAGCCAGCACUACCAGUGGAACCAGUGCGUCGAUGAAAAUGAAUGCUCCACCCAAGGCACCUGUGGUACUGCUUCCUGUUACAACACACUGGGCAGCUUCAAGUGUGCCUGUCCCUCUGGCUACACCUUUGAGCAGUUCUCUAACAGCUGCCAGGAUCUGGAUGAGUGUACCUCUUUCAAGAACCCCUGCAAUUAUGGCUGCUCCAACACUGAAGGAGGCUACGUGUGUGGCUGCCCAACUGGAUACUACCGGGUGGGCCAAGGGCACUGUGUUUCAGGGCUGGGAUUUGGAAAGGGUCAGCAAGGAUCUGUCAGUGCAGCUGGAGCGGUGGAGGAUAACAUCCUUUCUUCUGAAGGCUGCUACAACUGCAAUAGCAACGGCCAUCAAAAGAGGGGCAUCAGGAAGAGUCGUGCUGCCAACCAAACAGAGCUAAAAGAGGAAGCUCCAGUCAGCCUGGCCAGUGUGGACAUGGAUCAGCCGUUGCUUCUGGUACUCAACACAUCCCAGUGCAACUCUAAAAAGCACAUUCUGGAGUUGGUGCCCGCCCUCAGGUCUCUCACCCAUCACGUCUCAUACUCCAUCACAGCGGGCAACGAGGAUGGGAUUUUUGUACUCCAGCAGCGGGAUGGGCUGAGCUACCUGCACUGUGUACGCAAGAAAGCCUCUGCUGGACUGUAUGUUCUGGUGAUCAGCAGUUAUCCUUUGUAUGAUCACACACAACUGCUCGAGCUGGAGGACAGCAGAAACAGAGACUACCUCUCAGGUGAGCUAGGGCAGAACCUGCACAUGAAGCUACAAGUCACACUGCAGUAGGGUGACGAUGUGUGCCAGUGUGGCUCACAUACCCAAAAUAAGCAGCUCUCACUAUGGUGCUAUGGACCACUAUCAUGAGACACUUUUUCAAUAUUGGUCAAAUAUACAUGGCCAGUUGUCAACAGUAUGCCAGUAGUAAAUUCUGAGUGAAUUCUACAUUUUGUUCAAUGACAGUAUUUUUAUUAGGGUGUUAUUGCUUCAGAAAGCAGCACAAAAGUCUGAUUACGGGUCACUCAGACCAUUUUAUACUGAAGAGAAAGCCAAAGCUAGCAAAGUAGACAUAUCUUCCGGCCUUAAACCACUUCUUGACUUAGACCAUCUGUAAAAGGCACUUUUUUCAUCAUUCAAACGAUGUAUUUCUUUAAAAUUGUGAUAAUUAUGAAGAUAAUAUAAUGCAUAAAAUGAGUCUUAAUAAAGACACAUC